AUGGAAGAUCUCCCGCAACAAAAUUGUCAAAAAUAUGAUCACCAUGUCGCUCGCGUCGUAUGGGCAGCAUACAUCCUAUCAUAUCUGACCAAAGCGCGGAGUCAUAUCGGAUUGCCCAACCAUGAUCCAGCUGAGGAGGAAGAUAGGCUUGAAAGAGGCAACGCCGGGGCUGGAACUGAGCGGGCGACGGUUUUAGGAGGCUCCAGAGAGUCGAUUCGCUCAAAAUUUCUCGACUGCAUCGCACAGUUAUUGUCUCCGUCUAAAGGCUGGCAUAAUGUCACAGCAACAGCAUUACGCGAACACGAAGACUUUGUAGAGAUAGACGUCGCGAGGAAUGACUCUUUCGAUUUCUCUUUCCAUCGCCUUUUCAUGAGGCAGUUUAUUGACGCGCUUGACUUGUGCACUAAAGAUGACUUCGAAGGCCCUACAAUAUCAGCGAGCAGAUUCGAGUUCGUCGCGAUAGAGUACACUGGUCGUAGAAUCGAUCAUUGGACCGAUCAAGUACGAAGGAUGUUAGGAUACGCCUCACGUAGGCACAACUGGGAUAUUCAACAGUGGUCCAAGCAUCAGCUGGCGAUCAAUGUCUGGACAAGCCUCACCAAGCUUCUCCAUCAAAACAAUAUCGAAACGGCACAAUUCAGGCAAGAGAUCGUCCAGCGAGCUCAUGAGUGCAUUAUAUCUGCAGAGGUUUACGAACUACUUCAAAUGACCUUUGAAGCUAAGGUCGGAUCAAAAAUCUGGAAUGCUUUGAAGUUUCUUGCCAGGCCCAUCAUGGAUUGUCGAAUGUUGAGAUGUAUAGCAGGCAAGCAUACACAGUUUCGUGACGUACGGAUUCACCUGGUACCUCUAAAGCAAAUGGUGGCCUUGAGACCCGAGUAUCAGAUUGAUAUUUGCAGUGCCUGGGCUCAACUCACACCUAUUUCACCCCAAGCUUCGGAGAUGAGGAUGAUCGCCCAAUUCACCCAACAAUUCAAGCGAAAUUGUGCGUCAUCUCAUGCUAUGCAUGCCGAAAUGCAGCUUUUCAUGCACCAUGGGGACAACGUUGCCCUUUGCCCCUCUCUGAAUUACUUCGGGUGCAGCAAGAAGGCUUGUUUGCUAUGUGAGGCCUUUCUCCGAUCCUUACCCAACCCUAUAGCUACCAGAGGAAGACACGGUGUUUGUUAUCCAGCCUGGGGAGCUCCGUAUCCUAGAGUGGCCGGAGCUGAGGUGGCAUUGAAACAAGUUGAAAACAUGCUCGUCUGCCAAAUCAAGACCCAUUUUGAGAAUUUGGUCUUGGGUACAAGGAAACACCUUGCCAUACCAACUGCUCAAUCUACAAUUGUAUCUGACUUCUCCACUCUAUCCAUUCAGAGCCAGCUCCAAAGAGAACAGAUGGUAGAGUCUGUGACAGAGGCAGAAAGGGCGCGAAGAUCCGAACGACUUAUAUUGGAGGGAAGCGCUGCAGUCAUGUCGCGAACAGACCGUCAGCUUACGAAAUUUGAGCCAAGUGACUCUUGUGUUAUGUGCAACAAACGUCCCUCGAAGCGAUGCACACGGUGCAAGAGCUGUUACUAUUGCUCUGUAGAGUGCCAGAGAGCUGACUGGCUCAGUCAUAAACUGCUCUGUAAGCAAUUUUCCGUCCAGCCUCUUCGGCCCUCUAAAGCCCAUAAGCGAGCCAUACUUUUCCCUGCAGACCAGAGUAAGCCACGGAUGAUCUGGGUGCACUGCGAGCUCAAAAGUGAUGAAGAGCACGGGGACGGGGCGCCGUAUGAAAUGGUCGACCUCUAUCCUCAUCUUGGAGCGGACAAACCAAAUACCGGUACCCUUCGCAUCGAAUACAACCCUAUACGUGACCGAAAUUUCGGAUGCGGAAUGGUGUAUUGGGCUCCGCGUAGAGAAGGCUACUCGAUCACCUUGUAUUUUCGAGAAGCCUUUUUGAUGGACGGCUCGAGCGUGAACAGGAGUAUCUUGACAUCUGUUGGCACUUCUGGCGUAGUUCACCAUCAAAUUUGCGGUCCUGUCGUCGCGAUGCAAGAAACACCACUCGAAUUGCACCGAGAUAUUACCUUAUCGGACAUGCGACAUAUCAUCGAUUACCUGAUAAGCUAUGGAACGACAGAGACCCGCGAAUGGGCCAACCACUCAAAGACUAACUUGGGCACAAGUAUCCUUGGGGUGAAAAUUUGCUGUUACGGGGAAAUCAAGCUGCAUAAUUCAGAGACCUACAUUGCCGUUGAAGUUCCGAAAGGCCAUCCUACGCGGCUCAUGUAUCGCCAGGGGAAGGUAUCUCCUAUCUCUAAGAUCCUUGGGAUGCCUCUUAUUUUAAGGAAAUUCGACGAUAUUGACGUUUGGAUCGACCCGCUGGGGUGGGAUAAGAACACAAUGACUGCGGACAGCAACCAAGAUGCUACCUUCUUAAUGUUAGAGACCGAUCUAGAAAAGCCCGAUUGGGGCUGGGCGCCACCAUACUGGAAUGCGCAACUUGGAAACGUCCUGGCUGUUCGAGCUGACGAUCAAAAUCUUGAUGUUGAAGACUUGCGGAUGAUGUGUUCUUUUGCACGAAGAAAGCUGGGCCUAAUGUUCGAGGACGCUUUGGGCGGUGGGCAUAAGCUGCGGACAAAACAAGAAGUUUUGGAUUUCAUCACGUGGGACAAUAUGGUAGAAUUUAGUAACAGGCAAGCCCUAGGACAGGCAGGAUCUUAG